AUGGUGAAAUGGCGCAUGUUACCAUUCCUACGAAUGGGAGGCAAGUCUGCUGUUGGCAAUACGAAUGAUACAGUGGCUGAUGUAGCAGACUUUGACCUGGGAAUGCCACCCAAAAGAUUUGACGAGAUUCCGUUUGGCUGCAAAGAUGAGAUUGGCAAUUGUCAGAGUUUGGGUGGGUUGUUUGCCGGCGAUGGUGAAACUUGUCGAUGGCCUAGUGCUGAGCUAUGUUUGUCGACAUGUGGACAAUGUCCGCUCGUUGAAACUGCUAAAAAAUGCCAAUCUCAUUACCACGAAAUGGACGACCGAAUGCUAGGAGGCACAAUGGAUUGGGCAGCCUUCUUUCACAACAUUACGGCUCCUGAAAUGCAAGAAAGAUUUCCCCAACUGAAAGGAGCUCGGGUGUUGAGUCGAGAAACACCCUGGGUGGCCGAAUUCCCCAACUAUUUGACUGAGUUGGAGGCGGAUGAGAUUAUUCAAAUUGCGAAAACCGAAGGCUACCGAAUUGAAGAUGAACAUCCCAAACAUGUUCGAGAUGUCAACGUGACCAAUUGCGAUUCCAUUCGUUGUAUGCGACAACCAUUUGUUUCCGAGCUGUAUCGACGGGCCUCUCAGCUACUAGGAUAUCAUCCGAACAAUUUCGAAUCCAUGGAGUUUAUCGACUAUGGUCCAGGACAACACUAUGUUUGGCACGCAGAUGAAUACAGCUGGAAAUAUCCCAUCAAGGAUCCAGCUGCCGUCUUGUCAGGACCACGACUGUUGACCAUGUUCCAUUAUCUAUCGGAUGUGGAAGAAGGUGGCGAGACUGCAUUUGCUGGUCCGGAUUCGACUGGUCAAACCAAACGAUUGUUUGUCAAACCGAAAAAAGGAAAGGUCAUCUUGUGGGCCAACAUGAAGGAUGACUGGAGUUUCAGUGAACAUAGUGCCGUUCACUCGGCGCUUCCGGUGCGAAGAGGACGCAAAUUGGCUGGGACUCUUUGGAUCCAUGCAUCGGGCUUUCGGGUUCCUGAGCUUUAUGCUGGGAUUGAAUGCAACCCAAGAUAUUUUUAUCAGCAGCAGCAGCAGCAGCAGCACCACCAGAACUAA